AAUGAAUUACUUCACCAAUCUUCACCUCUUGAGCACAUAGACGCCCUAUCGCUAUACAUGAAAGAUUGCCUCGUCUAUUUGCAUGACAUCAAUUUUUUCUUCGACUCCAAGUACAAACUAUUCUAGACCUGCUUCCAUCAAAUUUCGAAAUUCAACAACUUCGAAGUAACGGUCUCAAAUUAGCAUCUUCCAACUCCCCCAUUAUCAGUGAUUCAGCAGUAAACCGCAUAUUCUCGUGGUACAAAAAUCCUUCCAAUUCAAAUAGAACAAUUCACAUUUAAACUCAAAACGAUCUGACUAACUUAGAACAACAAAGCAUGUAAUACUUAUGUGCCCAACUAUGGUAGGUCAAAACAUUAUUCAGAAUGGUACUUACAGCUCUUCGCCAGCAUGCAAUGCAGUAAUUGCUAUCACCAACCUUCUGUUAAUGCCAAUAAAUCAAGAAACAACAAACAGGAAAUGUGAUUAACUAUAAAAGUUAUAGCAAUUAAGUUUUCAGGACCACUUGGGUUGGCUAUUCCAAUUCUUACAGUGCCUAAUGCACUCUGCCCAUGUCAUAAGAAUAUUACUGGCAUAAGAUACUGAUAUAAAAGUCAGUACACACAUGACACAUCCCAUUUCUCUACAUUGCACACUGUGAAUUGUAAAAGGUAGCUGUAUCAUGACUUAUCUUAAAGGUUUCCUACCUACUAAAAAUCAGCAUAUAAACUCCUGAUUAAAUGCCUCGACGUCAUGUCAAAGUGAUUUUCCUCAAUAAAGCAACCAAGUUAUAUUUUCAUUACCAUUUACAAAUAUUGCAACAUUUUCAUGGAGUUCGGUGGUGAAAGUCCCCAUUGGAACUUGGUAGAUGAAGGAAGGAAACAUAUAAACUUACCUCGAAGAUUUUCAUUUGGAAACAAUGAGGUUGAUACCGAAUUCGCUUCAGCAAGAUCAUCUUGUGUGUCUGCUGCUUCAUUCCCACUUUGGCCUAUUAGUCCCGAGACGCCAUGGACACGUUCUCCUGUGCGUGCCUCUUUAUCCCCGCCUCUUUUGUAUCAUUGCUUAGCUUCACUCCAUCGCAGUGAAGGUAACAUCUUCUCUAUAGCGGUCACAAAGGACUUCGUUUUUACUGGGUCAGCAAGCAGUAGGAUCCAUGCAUGGAGACAACCAGAUUGUACAGAGAUGGGAUAUAUCAAGGCUACAUGUGGUGAAAUUCGAGCCAUCUUAGCUUAUGGGAAAAUGCUUUUCACAGCACAUGGAGAUUACAAAAUCCGGGUGUGGGAUGUUUCAUCGACAGAAAACUUUAGACCAAAGAAGACAAUCACGUUGCCUCGAAGAAGAUCAUUCUUCUCCUAUCAGAAGAAGAAUAAUCAGCGACAUAGAGAUUCUAUCUCAUGCAUAGCAUACAAUCACAAGGAGAAGCUCUUGUACACAGGAUCAUGGGAUAAAACAGUUAAAGUGUGGAGAAUCUCAGAAAAGUUAUGUGUCGACUCGUUUGUUGCUCAUGAAGGUCAUGUCAAUGCAAUUGUCUUAAACCAAGAAGAUGGAUGUGUCUUCACUUGUUCUUCUGAUGGCGCUGUGAAGAUAUGGAGAAGGGUUUUCAGAGAAAGCUCACAUAUUUUGACCAUGACACUUAAGUUUCAACCAUCUCCAGUGAAUACCUUAGCUUUAUCUCUCUCCCCCGGCGAGUGCAUCCUCUAUUCAGGCUCAUCAGAUGGACUGAUAAACUUUUGGGAAAAGGAAAGAAUGUCUGGUAGGUAUAAUCAUGGAGGAUUCUUGCAAGGCCAUCAUUUUGCAGUUCUCUGUUUAACAACAAUAAAAGAUCUAAUCCUCAGUGGUUCAGAAGAUGCAACCAUUCGAAUAUGGAGGAGAGAAGAAGGGAACUCCUUCCAUUCAUGUCUAGCAGUCAUUGAUGGUCAUCAUGGACCCGUCAAGUGCUUGGCUGCUGCUCUAGAAACUGAGGAAAUCGUGAUGGGGUUGUUAGUAUAUAGUGCCAGCCUAGAUCAAACUUUUAAGGUAUGGAGAGUCAAAGUUUAUCCCGCAGAGAUAGAGAAACAGGGGAACUCAGUAGCAAAUGAUCAGCACGCAAAAACUACAGAUUGCAAAAUGAGUCCAGUGUUAUCACCUUCAUGGGUAGAGAAGAAGAUUCAGGGCAGUGAUUUCUAAAGGGGGAGAAAUAGUAAGAAAUAUAAUAGCAGAACCAGCAAUCACUGGAUAGGACUGUUAGGUUUGGUGACUCAAAUGUGUUAGGAUUAUUGUUGAUUUAGAAUUUGAUCAAGUGGAAUCCUAGAAAUCGGUGAGGAGUCUUUUGAAGAUGCGUGUUAGACUUUUACUUGGAAAGGGAAUCUAAUUGCAUCAAACAAAAGAAGACAAAAUCCUGUUGAAAUUGGGUUUCCUAAUUGUAAUAUAUUUUCUUACCUUUUAGGACUCUUCUAGGGUUGACCCAUAAAUACAAUGCUCCUUUGAUCAGUUUGUAGAGAGUAACAAAUAGAAGCCAAUUACUAAGUUGCUUUGUAUUUCUCAUAUUGUUGAAUUAAUAAACAUCGUUUCUCUGCGUUUA